AGAAAUGCACCACAAAAGCUAAAUUGACAGGUUGCAAGAAAUCCUGUGGUGGACCUGUGACUUGUUUGCUUUGUGGGAACCCUUUUGAAACGAGAAGGAAACUGUUGAGCCACAUGACAAUUCACACAGGAGAAAAACCUUUCAUCUGCUCCCAGUGUGGAAAAGGUUUUUCACGCAACAGCAGCCUAAAGAUACACAUGGCAAUUCACACCGGUGAAAAAUCUUUUAUCUGCUCCCAGUGUGGUAAAUGUUUUUCAGAGAGCUAUGGACUUAAGUAUCACAUGAGAGCGCACACUGGUGAAAAACCUUUCAUCUGCUCCCAGUGUGGAAAAGGUUUUAUAGUCAAUGGCAGCCUAAAGAAACACAUGAGAACUCACACUGGGGAAAAACCUUUUAUCUGCUCCCUGUGUGAUAAAUGUUUUUCACGGAAUGGCAUUCUCAAAGCUCACAUGAAAGUUCACACUGGUGAAAAGCCUUUCAUAUGCUCCCAAUGUGGAAAAGGUUUUUCAGAGAGCGGCAACCUAAAGAAACACAUGAGAGUGCACACUGGUGAAAAACCUUACGUUUGCUCCCAGUGUGGAAUACGUUUUUCAGUAAGAGGUAACUUGAAGAGACACAUGAGCAUUCACACUGGUGAAAAACCUUAAGUCUGCUGCCAGUGUGGAAAAUGUUUUUUGGAGAAAAGUAACCUGAUGAGGCAUAUGAAGAUUCACUCUGGAGAAGAACUUUUCAUUCCGUGUGUACUCCAAAAUUCUGUCGAUUUUUGUAUACUACCACAAAAUACAUUCUAAAUGAAUCGAGCAAAUGAAAUCCACUUUUUAAAAUUCAUUCACACAGAACUAAGUAAUGCACACUUUAUAUGAAGUAAGUAUCAAUGAAGUAUCAAACGUUUGUGCCAAACUUUCAGGGCAUAUGAAUCCAAAAGAGCAGCAAAACAGAUUUGAGCAAUCAGCCUGAUGUCAAUCGGCUGGACUAAUGACCCGUGUCCACUGUUUGCAAGGAGAAUUAACAUGGUUUGAGUUCCUGUAAGUGGCGGCAUGA